CCUGACCAAUGCGGAAGUCAACAAACCGGUCAGCGAAAUGUUAAAAAGCACUUUACUUUACCUACUUCCCUGUUUUAUGUGUUGCGUUUAAUGUAAGCUUUGUGAGCUCUAAAGGGACACUGAAUGGCUUUCAAGUGUCAAGUGUUGGACGCACCCUCCGUCAUUUAGCGAGCGGUAACUAAAGUUAGUUUAUUGUAGUUUAAACACACCGCUUCAAGAUGCGGAGCGACACUCUCCUCUCCAGCGUGAACGUGGUGCUUGUAAUGGCCUACGGUAGUCUGGUGUUUGUUUUGCUCUUCAUCUUUGUCAAAAGGCAAAUUGUGCGAUUUGCCAUGAAGUCUCGGAGAGGACCGCAUGUUCCACUCGGCCACAAUGCUCCCAAGGAGCUGAGACAAGAAAUUGAAGCCAAACUUUGCCAGGUCCAGAAAAUCCACUUUGAGCCUCGUCUGCUGUCCCUAGAUGACGACCGGCUAAAGCACAGAGAACAGUCUGGUUCUCAUAACUCCCUGUAUAGGAUGAAAGCACUGGAUGCCAUCAGAGACACUGAUCUACCUUUCCGUGAACUCGGCGGCACACCUACCGCUGUGACGGGUAAAAGACUUCGGACAUGGCUUCUGCAGCUACGAAAGUCCCAGUGCAUGUUCCAAAACAGUCUGAGCUCGCUCAUCGACACGGUGCUGGACGGAUACAACAAAGCCCGUCACGGGGCAGAGGCUUUUGGUGAAGCAGAAUUUUUGAAAUACCAGGAAGCUCUGACUGAACUGGCCUCUCUCGUGAAGUCUCGCAGCAGCAGCAGCACUCCGAGCCAGCACCACCACUCGGCCGCCAAAGACCUGAUCGGCACCACGGAGCCAAUGAGCUCCUCCUCCUCCUCCCCCACCCAAACCACCUACCUCACAUCGUCGAUGCAGCAGCGCAGCAAGCGGCCCAGACACUUCCUGGAGCUGAAGAACUUCAAAGACAACUACAACACACUGGACAGUUCGUUCUGAAAAUAUGUGACUCGCAUCUGAGAGAAAGGUCAAAGACAAGGUAGAGCUUCCUGUGAUUUAAGUGCCUACAGAUCGGUAGUUUAGGGUGAAAUGAAAAAGCACUGCCUUCAUAUACUAACACAUAUUGCCUAGUUCAAAGUAUAAUGCACUUCAAACUGCUCUACCUAGCCUAUGCAUAUAUCCUGUAUUAAUGCAUGUACAAGUGUUAUAUUAGGUAGAAAAUGACUAUGAGUUACUAUGGUAAGUAGGGUUGAUUUGACCAAAACAACACUGGAGCUCUCGGGCUAUGCAAUGGCACAUGACAAUCAGUAUUUAUUGUACAAUUAUAAAAGCCUAUGCAGAAUUGUUAUAAUUAACCAAGUGUAUUUAAAUGCUAACAAUGUUUGUAGAUAAAUCCCAGUGUUAAUAGUUGAAAAACACACACUGUUUAUGUCACUUAUGUUUACAUCUAUGUAUGUCUCAUUUGCUGUUUUUAGCCUUAAACAUGUUUUACAGAAGCCAUACUUGAUUUAAUGAAUUGUGAUUAAGUGCUCUUAAGAUUUAAUCAGAUCUCUCAGUGGAAUGUAAUUUAACUGUUUCCCAGUGCAUUUAUGCAAUUAUAAUGUAGCAUCAGGGGAGGUCUCUUUUUAAAAAGGUUGACUGGCCCCCAGAUGUCUGAAAUGUUUAUUAAUUUUCGUAUCAGGGGAACAUUCAGGUGAAUUAUUAUUUUUCUGUGAUGCUUAUUGUAUAAGUUGCCAUCCGAAUAAAACAGUGACAUGCAGU